GCCCACACCCCCACAGUAGAAAUUUCAACCUUCCCGUGCAGUGGCUCACCAAGCGUCUGGAGCAGGGCCGAUCGAGGUAAUCUGCGAGGCUCUCAGGUCUCUCGGAUAGUAAGCCGGUGGCCAAAGUAGAUCUUCAUGAUAUGUACAACAAAUUGGCAAGCCUGCGGUAAUCUGGAGAUGGAUGGUGUGGAGUUGGAUUCCUCCUAUUACCCAGGGGAAAUGCUUUUAGUUGAAUUGCCGCACGCCCGGCAAGUGUUCCGUGAAGAGAUCCCUGUUGAGAGAAUCGAUUACAUCGACAGCGGGCUAUUGGGGAUUUCGAACAUGGGACCUCUGUACAUCACGGUAUUCGGUUCUAUCCAGCAAAGUAUUUCGGUGAUGGUCCAGACAUUCACGUCCUACCUUGCGUCUCUUUCGACACCUGUUCCCUACGAGGCCGCUACUUCGCACCAAUUUUUGCGAGAUGCCGCAGAUCUGACUCUGCCGCACGAUCGUCUUGCGUUUUGGUUGGCGCAAGAUAGAAUCUAUGCUGCUCAGGCUUAUCCCAGAUUCAUCGCUCUUCUCAUAACCAAGAUCCCAUUGGAUUCCACAGAUCCAGCUGUCCAAGUUCGCAGCAGACGCACUCUUCAAGUUCUCGUUGGAUGUCUGGACAAUAUCGUCCGCGAGGUCAAUUUUUUCGAGGACACGGCGAGGAGAUAUGAUCUGGACGUCGGUGACGUCGAGCAGGGAGAAGGACAGGUAUGGCGCGAGAGGAAGGCAACACGAGACUACACGGCUGAGAUGGCACGCAUCGCGUCGCUGGGCACACUUGAAGAUGGGCUCGUGUUCUUGUGGGCCAUGGAAAAGGUCUACUUGGAUGCGUGGUCGAAUGUUUCCUCCGCUCUUCGUACAAAAUCAGAGUCGGAAUUAGGGAAAACAGGAGAAGCGCUUCGCGACCUGUCUUACAGCUGGUCCAAUGCAAAUCCCGACUUCUCAGAAUUCGUGCACGGCAUAGGGAUGCUCGUCGACGAGUACUUGAUGCCUCUCUAUCAGCAGGCCAUGAAAGAUGGUUGCAGUAAUCAUGCCGAAGCCAUCGUGCGUGCGGAGAGUAUAUGGGCUCGUGUAGUGGAAUUGGAGGCCGAAUUCUGGCCUGAGCAGAAAGAGGAGGAAAAGAUGCGAAUCCCCCAGUUCUAA